CCCUGCCUUUGCUCUAAGGCUAUGCUAUCCUAUCCUAUCAGUGCAACCUUCGAGGUGGCGGGGAGUUGUGUCUCUCUCCGUUUCUAAUUUCCAAUUCCAUUCCAAUCACCAUGCCAUCAGCAUCAGCUUCUUCCCUACUGUUGCCACCGCCGCCUCUUCGGUAUCCUUCUCCUCGAUUUUCCCUUUCUUUCCCUUCCAGUCCAACACCCGCCACGAUUCAGGGUCCAUUUUAUCCCUCUCAAUUCACCCUUUCUCUCCAGAGACCCAGAGUUGCAUCACAGACACAGUACUCCCAGAACCCAGACAAAGACGCAGAUGACCAAUUCCAGGUGCUGAUGGCAAUGCAAAGCGGUUACAACAACAUUCUAGUCCUCGAUACUCCCAAUUCAAGGCUCCUUCUGCUCGAUUCCACUCAUAAUGUUCAUAGCAUGCUCAACAAAGCAACUAAAUGGACCGGUUCCUAUUGGGACGAGUUUGCUACAUUGCCGCCUGUGGUUCCAAAUGGUCCCAUAGCAAUCCUUGGCUUGGGUGGAGGAACAGCUGCACAUUUGAUGCUUGAACUAUGGCCGUCACUGCAGCUGGAAGGCUGGGAGAUAGAUGAAAUUUUAAUACAUAUAUCAAGAGACUAUCUUGGGCUUUCUGAUGUUGAAAAGCAAACAGUCGAUGGAGGAGUGCUUAACAUUCACAUUGGUGAUGCGUUUUCUCCAGAUGUUGCUAUUCCUGGGGGAUAUGCAGGAAUAAUAGUUGAUCUGUUUGCUGAUGGAAAGGUCUUGCCAAAAUUAGAACAGACUUCUACUUGGUUGGAGCUCCGUGAUAAAUUGAAGCCCGGUGGGCGCUUCAUGGUGAACUGUGGUGCUGGUGAAGAAGGAUUGCUUGAUGGGAAUGGAGUAUGGCAACGGGAUGAUGAAUCAUCCAACGAUGCUUGGAAGCCGAAUGCUACGAUAAGAGCUCUAUGCAAAGCUUUUCCUGGACAAGUAAGCUGGAAAAAGAUGCCACCAGGCGCAGGUGAAAACUAUCUUGCUCUUACUGGACCUUUGCCAGAUUUGUCUGAGUGGUCCUCUGCUCUUCCCAGUGGCAGUGACCUUAAAUCAAGCAUCUACAAAUGGAAGAUUUGCAGUGCCGAAGACCCUUGAUAGAAGGAACUACAUUACACUGCACCAAACUAACACAAUUGCUAUACAUGGUAUGGUAUGUAUGUAUGUAUACCCAUCUUUCUUUUGUCCCUACCUUUAUGUCCUCGAUCUUCAUACUGCAAUUUUGUUGGUUGGUUUUAUUCAGUCAAAUAUAUGUAUGGCAAAAUUAUCCAUAAUUGCUUUAUGGUUUCGAAAUUCA